AUGAGUCUAUACUAUGGAGUGGGCGGCAUUGGGUCAUUUCUGACCAUCGUUGGAGGCUAUAUGCUCUUUACCGGCAGCGGUGAGUCCUUCGAUGUCGGCGCGUUCCUCGAAGCCGUUUCGCCUUAUACUUGGGCUACACUGGGCAUCGCGCUUUGUAUCGGUCUCUCUGUUGUUGGUGCUGCAUGGGGUAUCUUCAUUACAGGCUCAUCGAUUCUCGGUGGUGGUGUUAAGGCCCCCCGUAUCCGAACAAAGAAUUUGAUCUCCAUUAUCUUCUGUGAGGUCGUCGCCAUCUACGGCGUCAUCAUGGCCAUCGUCUUUUCCCAAAAGGUCGAAAACGUUGGAGGCGCCGAGCUCUACAGCGCCCAAUCCUACUAUACUGGAUACGCCCUCUUCUGGUCUGGUAUCACUGUCGGCAUGUGCAACCUCAUCUGCGGUGUUGCCGUUGGUAUCAACGGAAGUGGUGCUGCUCUGGCCGAUGCUGCCGAUCCCACUCUCUUCGUCAAGAUCCUGGUCAUCGAGAUCUUUAGCUCAGUUCUGGGCUUGUUCGGUCUUAUCAUCGGCCUCCUGGUUUCCAGCAAGGCCCCUGCCUUUGGCGACAAGAAAUAA